AGGCCGAUAUAUGACUGCGUGUAGAUUCGCUGCCUCCUGAAGUUUACAGUUCCAAUGCAUCGGGUUAGACAGUGCACUUUAAUUUCCCCCACAGCUUUCCCUGACUGACACGGAAGGUGGAAUCCAGUUACAUGUUUUUUCCUUGAGUGGGAGGAUUUAGGAAUCUUGCCAAUAUGUGACUGAAGCAAUGGAACGCUGAGCAAGAAAAGUAACAAUUACUGAACGUCGCAGUGAGAAAACUUUACUUUGAAAAAGGACAGCGCAACACGAUCCAAAUGGCAGAACAGCACUCAGACCUGGAAAAUGCCAUCAACACUUUGGUCACAGAGUUCCAUGCCGCUGCGGCCAAUAAUGGUCCCACGCUCCAAGCCCAAGAGUUCAGAGGCCUCCUAUCCUCCCAGCUGCCCAACUUAGUUACGGCCAGGACCCAAACUGCGUUCCAUAGAAUUCUACUGUCUGAAAAGCUUGCCAGCUAUCCUGCUCAGAUGCCUAGACACUGCUCUGCAGGUGGAUGCAAAUCCCGUGACACCAGGGAAAAUCGUAAGGCUGGCAUUACCUUUCACAGGUUGCCAAAGCGUGGAACACCACGCCGGGACCUAUGGAUCAUCAACUCGCACCGCAAGGGCCCACAAGGCCAGGGGCCAUGGGACCCCCAGAGCAACUUCAUCUAUUUCUGCUCCAAGCACUUCACCCCAGAGAGUUUUGAACUCUCAGGUGUCAGCGGGUACCGAAGGCUCAAGGACGAUGCAUUGCCCACAGUCUUCGAAAUGGUCAUGCAGCCAGGAGGAAGAGGAGGGGGGGAAACUCCUAGAGGAAAGGGAAAACAGAAUGUCAUAAGCCUACAGACCAGGAGGUCCCGCUCUCUGAAAGUAGAACAAAACAGCCAGAAUGGCGCACAACAAGAAAUUGAAGCGAAAAAUAUAGUUGGUGGAGAACAAGUUCAGGACUCUGAGACACCCAAUGGGGAACCUAAUAACCGGAUAGAGCCCCUCCCUUCCCCCCUGGGAACGUCUGCACCGACUGUUGAAACACCACAGGGUUCCCCUCAACAACCAUCAGGCUCUUCACCCGGAGACCCACCUGGCUCUCCAUGCUCUCCCCGUCCUCAUUCCCCAUCGCGAUACAUGCUGCGCCUACCCCCACCUCCUGGCUUCUACCUGCCCAAGGAACACAACUAUGCUCAGCAUUGCCCCCUGGUGUGGCGGAAGCGUUACGACAGGGCCAUCGACAGCCUGGAGAAGUCCCUGCGUCUGCUUAGUGCGGCCAGGCGGAGGGAGAACCGGCUGCGGCAUGCGCUCCUGCGCCUCAGAGAGAAUCGUCUGAAACACACCCUGCUUCGCUCCCGGGAUGGAGCUAAGGGCAGGGGAGGUCGAAUUCAGGGGUUGGAGAGGAGAGGACAUGGAGAUAAGGCAGGAGGUGCCAGCCUGGCAGAGCCAGAAGAGACUGAGAUGGAUGGAGUGCCAGAGGACAUGGGGCUAUUUGAAGACGGACCUGGGGAACCGAUUGACUGGGGUGGGCGGGUCCGUACUACAGAGACUAAAGCUGGGUUGGAAGAGGAGGGGGGUUACUGCUUCUACUGUGGAAGAGGGCGAGAGGAUGAUGGAGUUAAAGUGUCCAGGGGAAGCUCUCAGAUAAGGAAAGGUGGACAGGGAACUAUGGAUGAUGGCUCUUGGAGCUCUCAGGUUGAUGAGGGGGACAGAGAUUGUCGAAGAGGAAGACGAAUUCUAAAGAAGGCUCGAGUUCGAAAGGUUGGAGAGGCCACAACAUAUGCAGGAGCGCCACAGGAAAGCUAUGAAAGCUACUACUAUCACUGUGGCGCAUCUGAGAGUGGUGAAGAUGUGCAGGUAGUCAUGGUGGAGCUGCCACCUGAGAAAGGGGUGAAAGCUGCCGUGGAACUUCACUGCAACCCUCAGCUGUCCAUCCCCCUGUUGCAAACACAAUCACCGGUGGGCCUUCAGCAGAUGCAGCACUCAGGCAGAGCAGCACUGCAGGAUACCCACAGCCGGGUUCAAUUCCUGCAGCCUUGCCCAGCCUCCCAGCAAGGGUUACUCGUCACAGACCUGAACUCAAUAGAAGCAGAGCCAGUGGACAGCCAGCAGCAGCUGGAGGAGCCGGUGUUCUGGAUGCAGGAGGGCCAACUGCUCUUAGUGCCUGUGCCCUCUGAAGACUGGCUGAAGGGCACAGUUGGGAUGGAGGGAGAGGCAGAAGAGGUGGGAGCACAAACCAUAUUAGUGUCAGAGUUGGGAUAUCCUAGAGACUUGGUGGAGGAGAAAAAGGGGCUGUGCUUGGAGGGUGGGGGUACAGGGCUGAGGGAAAAGGGGCUGUGCUUGGAGGGUGGGGGUACAGGGCUGAGGGAAAAGGGGCUGUGCUUGGAGGGUGGGGGUACAGGGCUGAGGGUUAUAUUGCCCACUGAUGGACAGGGAGGCCACCACUCAGACAUCAGGACUACUGUGGUGAGCGGUGACGUGAGGGAGCGGUUGAAAGAACACUUGGAGGGGUUUCAGCUCCAGCUUAGCAGUGAGUUUAUUGACUGAAGGCUGUAUCAUAUUUAAGGGCCAAAGCCUUCAUGUAGAGAGUGCAAAGGUGUCCGCACACUGUUGUUUUAUAUACAUCAGCGAAGAUGGUGGAAUGUUAACUUAUAACUUAAAUUAGGUUGGAAAGUCAAGAGAACCAUUUAGCAGGACAAAUCAGUCAGUCAUAUUCUUACCAGCUUGUUAGCCCAAAAUGCUUCAUAAAAAUACAAAAACAUUCCAUUUACUCACUUCACGCAGGCUUGUGUAGUAGAGCAGUGGUUCCCAAACUGGGGGGUGCGCCGAGAGGUCUGUAGAGGGCACAUGGUGCAAUUUCGAAAUUGGGUUGUGCAUCAUCAGUUCCUCUUGUCAUGUCAGUCAUUGCAUAUCUUCGAGAGCUAUUUAUAACUUGUUAGAAAUCAACUCGCCCAUGUCAGCUAACUUUCUUUUUUUUAAGCUAGGUUUUUUUAGCCUAUAGAUUCUGUUGUAAUGUUUGAGUCACUCAAAUAUCACAUGAAUAAACAUUAGACAUGGCAAACUGUAGAAUUUCAAGAAAAUUUGCUUUAAACCUGCAAAAUGUUCUCUAAGCCAACAAGAGGGGUGUGAACAGUUUGCGUCAUGAACAGUGCUUGUGCCCAUAAAAAUAGACAUGGUGCACGCAUGCGCAGGGGGUGCGCGUGAUGUUCCCCAAUGCAGGAAGGGGGGCCCCUUGUGAAAACGUUUGGGAACCCCUGUAGUAGAGCAUACAAAGUGUAAUUGAAAACAUUUCACAGCAUACAUCACAUAAUUAACACAAUACAUUGUAAAUCACGCUGUUACACUUGUCAUUGCCUGUACAUACAAUUAUUACAGUAUUAAUAAAAUAACGUAUAAUAAUUUCA